UGUAGUAACAGGUUAGACUUCUGUUUACAUCCACGCAUGUCUCGCAAUAAAUUGCAACUGCACAUUUGAUCGUAUCAAGAUCAAGUCGUGUGAUUAAAGAAUAUUUUACUAUUCAAAAUGAUGCAAUUUGAAGAAGAAGGUGAAACAUUGAAAGAUAAAUCUCGCUGCGCAAAUAUUCGCGCCGAUUUAAAAAUGUGUUUGCUUCAAAGUAACUGCUGCAAAAUUUAUAAUCGUACUCCUAGAGAAUGCCUUAGGACAUACGAUGGCACAGUACCCGAUGAAUGCUUUGCCUUACGAAAUACAUUCUUUGAUUGUAAACAUUCUUUAAUUGAUGGCAGACGGCGAUUUAGAGGUCCUAAAGGAUAUUAAAUUUUCUAAUAAUAUGUAUUUAUGUAUAUAAUUGUGAUACAUUUUA